AUGUCCAAAGUUGUUCUUUCUCUCAUACAAGAGUUUGAUCUCAACUCGUUCCGAUUGUUCGAAAAUGUUUGGAUCGCAAUUACCUUGUUUCAGGUAUUGUAUGUUCUCAAGCACUUGCUCAUCAUUAAGAGAUAUUAUGCUGCUGCUGGAUAUGAUUCAACCAAGAUGAAUAUCGUCAUGGCUAUGGUAUAUAUUAUUGUGAUGGGAGAAGGAGGUGGAACUAUUUCUAGAAUUCUCGUCGGAAAACCAGCUCCUUUCAUCUUUAAUGAUUUUAGGUUGUGGUGUGGAUUGGGGGUAUGGUCUGUCUGUUCCUAUAUUCUCUUCCGUUCAAAGGGAGCAAAGGAAAGCUUCUCUUCCUGGUUCGCUCAUCCAAUUCUCAAAUAUGUUUUGACUUUGCCAAACGAAUUUAGACGUGCUUGUGCAUUGUGUGCUAGCACUUUGUUCUUUUUAAAGUUGGCUAGAAGUGAAAAUCAUUCUUCUACCAUCUUUUUCCCUGCCCUUUUGGGUUAUCUUAGUGCUGUUGGUGGAAGUUUAAUAAUGAAUGUUAUUGAAGCUCAUUUGGUUCUUAAAAAGGCAGAUUAUGGAAUUAGUACCUUUUUGGCAAAUCCAUCUUGGAGAUUGAAAAUGCCAUUUGUUUGCUCUGUUUUCUAUGCUUUGAGUUAUUAUUAUUUGGAAAGUGUUGUUGGAGAUGAGGGAGCCAAAUCUACUGUUUUAUAUCUCAUUGCUUAUAAUUCAGUUUAUAUCAUUAUGGUAGUGUUUGUUACAUUCCCACUUAUUUUGGACGCUGCUGAUGCUGUCAGUGCUUGGUGGUCUACUCCAUCUAAAAAACCAGUUGCUAAGCCAGCUUCACCUUCCACUACAGAACCAAAACAAAAGAAGGAAAAGAAGGAUGCCAAACAAACAGAGUCUGGAAAGAAAUCAAAGAAGGAUUAA